GAUUUAGACUUUAAAAAUGAAGAUGAAUUGGAAACAGAGUAAAGAAGAUAUGAGGAAUGAUGAUAUUGAUAUAAGGAGAGAAUUAAUAGAUUGAAUAGUUUCAUUUUUUUAUGAAUUGUAUAUUGGAAAUUCAAACUGAAAGAGAAGAAGUGAGAUGAUGAUGAAGAGAAUUAUGUAGAUGAUGAUAAAGAGUAAGAAAAAUGAUAAAAAGAAAUGGGUAAGGAUAUGAAUGUGAUUUAUUGAAACAGAAGACAUCAAGCAAUAAUUAAAGAGGUGAUAAGAAGAAAGGGUAGAAACCAGGUUGUACAUAAUAAUGAAA